UCAGAACCCUCCUUCGCCCAUAUAAAUACCUCUCCUUUAACAGAACCCUUCCUUGUUCUUCGCACCGUUGCUGGGGACGAAGCGUCACCCACUCACCAAUCUCUCUCUCUCUCUCUCUGUGGUUCUUCUGCAAGUGAAGAAGAAGACGAAGGGUUAAGGGUUUUUUUAUUUUAUGGGUUCGGAGAUGGAGGAUUCGGAAGGGAGCAGAUGCGACUCGCCGGUGUACCCAUGCCCGAGCUUCAACAGCUACACGUCUGGGGGGCUCGCCGAGGUCGCCAGCAGGGUCUGCCGGGAAGAGGAGCUGGGGUCCAAGACGGAGCUUGCCUCCGCCGAUUCCAGCGCGGGGGAUCAUGGCGGGGAUUGUCACGAGGAGGAGGACGAUUUCGAGUUCGUCUCCCUCGUCGAAAACCCCGACCAGGUCCUGAUUAGCGGUGGGUACGCCAGGCCGGUGUUCCCGGUGUUCAAUCGGGACCUCCUGUCGGGCGGUGGGGGUAGGGAGACUAGCCACCUCGGGGAGGACGAGAACGAGGAUGAGCGUUCGAUCAUGAUUCCGCUCAAGAACCUGUUCCUGGAGGACCGCGAUGCUCCGUCGUGCUCGUCGUCGGAGGCGGACGAGCUGGAGGGCGUGCCGGAGGGGACGUACUGCGUCUGGACCCCGAGGUCUCCGGCGGUGGAGCAGUCACCGAGCCGCUGCAAGAAGAGCAACUCCACAGGGUCGUGCUCUAAGAGGUGGAGGCUCCGGGAUCUGAUGCGGCGGAGCAACAGCGACGGCAAGGACUCGUUCGUCUUCCUCACUCCGUCGUCCAGCUCCAGCCCGACCGCGAAGAGCCCCGACUCCAAGGCCCCGGGGGCCGCCGGUCCCAAAGAAAAGAAAAGCCCCACCGGCGCCGAAGCUAAAAUUCCAGCAAGGCCGGGGAACAGCAGCAAGCCGGCAAAGGAGAAGGCCUCCUCGGCUUCCGCGCACGAGGCGUUCUACGUGAGGAACAGGGCCAUGAAAGAAGGCGAUCGGAAGAGGUCUUAUCUGCCGUACAGGAAAGAUCUCGUCGGUUUCUUUGCUACUGCGAGCGGCUUGGGCCGGAACUUCCCUCCGUUCUGAUGGCUAGCCGACUUUCCGGCAACCCACACCGGCGCGGUUUUCACAUUUUCUAAUUUUUAUUAAACCUUUAAAAAAGAAAAAAAAAAGCACGUAGAAAUUACAGAGAGGAGAAUGUUCCAAAGUACAGAAUCAUUGGGCUACUCUUCCUUAUGCUAUUCAUCGUGCUGUCUUGAUGAUUUCAUGUUGUACAUACAAUUUCUCUCCAUCGCUAGUUUGGAAUCGCAAUUUGAUCACUUGAUAUCGAAGAUGAAGUCAAGUCGGGAAUCACUCUCCCGUACUUUCCCGAAAAA